UGUCCGGAACUGCUGUCACUCAUCCGCCGCGAGAGUCUGCGCUUCAAGCUGGGGUUGGUGGGCGUUCGCGCCCUUCUGGGGGGUUUAGCAGUGAGAGUAGCGGCGCAGCGGUGUCUUGCAACGAUGGCGGUGGAUCUUAGCGCGUGGAGCGGCCCGUUGCAACUUACUGAGGUGGAGGAGAAGCCGGCCAAGCCCAUGCGGGUCCGCUACGGGGGAGUGGAGAUCGACGAGCUGGGCAAAGUGCUCACUCCCACCCAGGUUAAAAAUCGCCCGACAGCCAUUGAGUGGGACGACUGCAGCUCAGAGAAACUGUAUACCUUGGUUCUCACGGACCCUGAUGCCCCUAGCAGGAACAACCCCAAGUUCAGAGAAUGGCACCAUUUCCUGGUGACCAACAUGAAGGGCAAUGAUAUCAGCAGUGGGCGUGUCCUGUCUGACUACGUUGGCUCUGGGCCUCCCAAAGGAACAGGGCUGCAUCGCUACGUUUGGCUGGUCUAUGAGCAGCCACAGCAACUGAACUGCAACGAACCCGUUCUCAGCAACCGAUCGGGCGAUAAGCGUGGCAAUUUCCAAGUCGCAGCCUUCCGCAAGAAGUAUAAGCUGGGUGCCCCCUUGGCCGGCACCUGCUACCAGGCUGAAUGGGAUGACUAUGUGCCAAAGCUUUACGAGCAGCUCUCUGGGAAGUAGAGUAGCCCUAUUUCCCUGCCCUCUUCCCCUGUCCUGUAGUGUUAAAUGAGUUGCAUGAGCACCAGUAGAGAUACCCAGGCCACUCCUGGUGCUGUUGACUUGGUAAAUAGUUUGUACUGGCUAAUUGUUAGUGGGGGCAGCAACUGUGAUCAGAUUUGUCAUACCGGUCUCACUUAGAGAGCUGUCCACCUUGUUGCUGUUACAAUUCACAAUAAACUCUGAAAUGGAUAUUUGGAGCAAGGAAAUUCAGCUAAACAGUUGCUUUUUUUCCAAAUCUUUUGCAAAGUCUGAUAGCAGAAUCUGGGAAUUCUGUAUGUUUAUAAUGACAAUAUUGUUGCCACUUCCUCUUAAUGAUUUGCUACUAUGACUAGGUGCUAAUGGUGCCAUUCUAGCAUAAUUUGCCCCCUUACUAGCCCAUGAAUUCAGUGGAUAGAAGGGUGUAGCUGUGCUUAGGAUGGCACUGCAAGCAUUUUAUUUGGAAGGGAUUUCCUUCAAAACUGGUGGAAAUUUAAGUCAACUCAUGAAUGCAGUGCCUCUUCUGCUGCUAAACUGUUUUCUCUCCCAUAGCUGCAGCUAAUACCAUGCAGAUGUUGCAGUUGUCUCCACUACAGCCAGUAGAAUUGCCUAGUCUAUGAUUUAAGAAUAUGCUGUCCCUGCCUUUAGGAUGGCAACCUAGUACAUUGUAAUGGGGCCACAACUGGUAAAUGCUGACUUUUAAUUCUCUGUUUAGGGUGCUGUUAUCUCCUUUUCUAUCUAUCUCACCAGGAUCUCAACACUCUUGUAACUAGGAAGGGAAUCUUCUGUUGUAUCUCCUGUCUUGUUUUACCAGAACUAACACUCAAAAUGGGAACUGCACAGGUUAGGUAGACCUUUAUAAUACUUUGAGAGGUCUCCUGCUUUAGUACACAAAUUGUCACUUGCAUGGUAAGCCCUCUGCUGGCGCCGGGGUGUGGUUUAUGCAAUUGUCUGUUUGAUGUUUCAAUUAAAAGCUUAGAAUCA